CCAACGCCGCUUCCAUGAGUAACCGAAACGCGGGAUUAAGAGCGAGCUCAGUUCCGAUCUAGGCCAAGUUACUCCUUCACGACACCUAUAUCAUACAUCUUUUCUUGGUGGAUUCAUUGUAUUGACCAUUCUUUGAACCCUCCUAAAGAUAUCCUUUAUCAUGGUACAAGGACGAGUGCUUGUCAUCGCGGGGUCGGACAGUUCGGGCGGAGCAGGACUUGAAGCGGAUCAGAAAGUCAUCGCUGCUCAUGGCUGCUACGCUAUGACGGCCACUACGGCUCUGACUGCGCAGAACACUCAAGGCGUCAAGGGCAUUCAUGUCAUUCCCACCGAUUUCGUCUCUCAGCAGAUCGAUGCUUGUGUUGAAGAUGUCGGUGUCGAUGUUGUCAAGACUGGCAUGCUUGCUUCUACAGAGACGAUAGAGAUGGUUGCAAAGACCAUGGUUAAGCAUAGCAUCCCGUCACUUGUCGUAGACCCAGUCAUGGUUUCGACUUCUGGUGCAACACUCCUCCCCAAUGAAGCCAUUCAACAUCUCUGCAAGCACCUUCUACCGCACACUACAGUUGUCACGCCAAACAUUCCUGAAGCUAUUCUUAUCCUUUCCCAAAACGGUCAAGAAGUCCCUGAGGUUCGCAGUGUGCAAGACCUUGAGACUGUAGCCCAGCGAAUCCAGGCUCUAGGUCCUAAGUGGGUGCUCGUCAAGGGCGGACACCGGCCCAUGAAGGAGGACUUGACUGUGGCUGAGACUGAAGAGGAGAGGAUUGUUGUUAUAGACGUUCUUGUUGGCGGUGAUGGUGAGGUUGUCAGAGUCGAGAGCCCAUACCAGGCGAGCUCGAGUACCCAUGGGACGGGGUGCUCUCUGGCCUCGGCCAUCGCAUCAAACUUGGCCAAGGGACUUGAUACACCUACGGCUGUUCGAUCAGCCUGCCGAUACAUUGAAGCUGCCAUUCGAACAGCACCUGGCCUAGGCAAGGGGCAUGGUCCUCUAAACCACUUCCACUCGACCUAUUCUCUCCCAUUUGCUCCCGGCUACUUCAUCGAGUGGCUUCUCGAGCGCCCUGAUGUCCGCGACGUCUGGAAGGAGUUUGUGUACCAUCCCUUCGUCAUGGCUAUGGGUGAUGGAACUCUGCCUCUCGAAUCCUUCAAGGGCUAUAUCAUCCAAGAUUACCUAUACUUGAUUCACUUUUCACGUGCCAAUGCCCUCGCUGCCUACAAGGCACAAAACAUUGAGGAUAUUUCUCGAGCAACAGAAAUCGUUCAGCAUAUCAUGCAUGAACUGAAGCUCCAUACCUCGUACUGCGAGAGCUUCGGUGUGUCCAUCGAGCAGAUUCGUGCCACACCAGAGAAGCAGGCCUGCACCGCAUACACUCGUUAUGUCCUUGACGUUGGUCAAAAUGGCGAUUGGGUUGGUCUUCAAAUGGCUCUUGCUCCAUGCCUCCUUGGUUAUGGUGCCGCAGCAAAGAUGCUCCACGACCAUGAGGAGACUGUCCGCGAGGGAAACACGUACUGGGCGUGGAUCAAGAACUACAAUGAAGAGGAUUACACUGACGCUGUCAAGUUGGGAUCUGCCCUGCUCGAAAAGCAUAUUCAACUGCAGUCACCUUCGCGAAUUGAAGAGCUUGUUCAGAUCUUCAUCCAUGCUCUCAAGAUGGAAAUUGGCUUUUGGGAGAUGUUCCCUGCCAAGCAGACCUAAGUUCACAUACAGACAUAAAAACCGGAGAAGUAGACUAGAUCGAUCAAUUAAUGGACAUAGAAUUGACCAUACUCCUUUCAAAGGUGCCUCUAUAUAUCAUGCAUGUUUCCCGAACCCAUCCUAGACCAUCUCCACUGGACGUGGUCUCUCAUCGUCUUGCAACAUGUAUCUGAAGUCCUGCUCAGGAGGGGGGGCCAGAGGAGGAACUGGAGGAGCGUCACUAUCAAGGCUGUUCUCUUGUUGUCGUUGAGCUCGUCGCAAUUGCCCAUUCUGCUGCUUCACCCAUGAGUUCACUGAGCGGAAACGUGGUCGUGUAUCCACUGAAGCUACUGUAGAUACAGUGUCACGGCGGCCGACAGAGUUGGUAGACUUCCAUGUGGGUUGUCGUGAAGGCUCUGGUCGCGAUGGGACGCUUUGGACAGUCUGAGUGGUAGGCGUCACGACGAUGUCGCCGUCGCCGAAGCCAGAGGAGAUGGAGGAGAGUUCGCUAACACCGGUCUGACGUCGUCCGACAUCGUAGGCAUAUGGUGUGGUAGAGGGGAUUCGCUUGUGUUGUUGAGGUUUGUACGGCGUGCUCAGAGAGUCCUUGGGAUCAUGACGAGCCACGACCUGGACUUCAACAGCGCUCUCGACAAAGGUUGUGCUUGUAGGGCUGACAGCGUCAAUGUCAUAGUUUGUAACCCCUGUCCUUCUGUCGCCACUCGUACGAUAAACACCGAACGGUAGGCUGGGCACUGUGAGGAAGUUGUCGGAUUGCUUAGGCAUGAAGAGUGGUGACUGAGGUCGUGCCUUCUCGGCAAGAGGCGGAGAAUAGGAUGGAGGAGAAUAGGAUGGAUCUUCGAUUGUGUACCAGCCCUUGUGACCGUAGCGUGAUCCGAGGAAAGGCACCUUGGAAACGAGGUUCUCAAAGCGGCUGGGCUUGUCGAAGUUCAUGU